UCGAAGCAUUCUGGCUCGUCUUUGCCCAUGAUCGGUACUCGUGCGAGACGUUUCGUGAUGGCAUGUCCUACUCCCAUGACGCAGCGACCAACACGGACAUUUACCGCAUGGUCCUCAACCUCUCGACGCCGAUUCCGCUCGAUCAAUGCCGCCCAAGCCUUUUGGCCAAGCUCAAUAAUGGCCCGAUUUUAAGCGUGAGCCUCGAAGACCGGCUCUGUGCGUUUGCAGCGAGGCCGAAUGCGACCCAUCUUGACGCGUUUAGCGCGUGCCAAAAGAAUGUCGUGGCCGGGAUCGAGCAGAGCAUUCUUUGCGCGUGGCUCACACCCGGGAACGACUUCGACCGAUCUUUGACGACGCCGGGUAUCUACACGUACUACAACAUCUUCCUCAUGCGCCCGUCGAUCCUUUUUCUGUACGUCAAGCUUACGUGGCGCGUUCUCCUCCUCCUCUACCUUGGCUACCGUCUCUGGUUUGACUAUUAUCGGCAUUGCCGUGACUUGCUGCGCGACUGCACCCUCGUGGAGGGCCACCGCCUCGACGUCUGGCUCAGCGCCGCGGUCAUUGGCUCGUCGACGCUCGCGGCUGUUCAAUUGGACGACACGUGGCAAUUCAUGCUCGGCUGCAUUUACCUCUCCCGCAUGGUGUGGAUCGCCUACUUUGCGCUCGCCGUCGCGUCACCAAUCCUCAAGCGACUGCACAUGGAGCGACGCGUCUCCCCUGUCGACCCCACGUUUGUCUCGAUUGCGACGAUGCUAGUCUCGGGCCCGUUGACGUAUCAACAAGGCCAUAGCGCCUUCUUUACCCGCAUUUACCACUGGUUUUUCAACGCCAAGGCACCGGACCCCCACACGAUCGAAGUCGGGUACGCGACCACGUUCUUCCUAAGUACGAUCGCCACGCUACCCUUCAUUUUGGGCCUCGCAAGCUGCCCCCUUGCUCGGUCCACCGUCAUCCCGUCCGGGCUCGAUCUCGUCACGAUCUUUGGGUCGCUCGACUUUAACGACUGGAAACACCGGAUGCUUUUUCGGUACCAAAUCAUGCCCGUGGCCCAGACGCGGGAUGUUGUGUUCCACGGCGGCAACCUGCACGCGUGCUUCCAUGCUAACCCGAGCUUUCGGUGCGCGCUUGGGCUCAGUCAACGAGGUCUUGACUGUUACGUGCUCGUCUUCAACCAGCAAGGACGUGCUACCGAAUGCAUCCGCGUGAGCUUGCUGCGGCUCUUGGAUACGAAUCAGUCGAGCGUCAUUAUGGCCAAGGCGGAGGGCGACGCGCCGUUUUGCAAAAUGUCAGUUGAAGUCGACAAGGCGACGGGCGCCUUCUCCUACGUCAUCGUCGAGCCCUACCACGGCCAAUGUCGCUGGCUCGAGUAG